GAAAAUUACUUCCGCUAAAUGUUCACAUUGCAUGGUUCUUUGCAAUUUUAUUAAUUGCCUAUUUGGCGACUCAUUGGGUAGAAAGAUAAACAUAAACAUCAAGUUUGGACUAAUUCUGUAAACUCUAGAGCUUCCUUCAAGAAUUUAAUUAAAGUUAAGAAUGCCUAAAAAAAGCAAAGCCGAAAAAGAAAAGUGGAAGGGGGAUGAUGAUGAUGAAACUGACCUUGCAAACAGUCUGAGUAAGCUUUCAACAAAUGAAGAUAAGGACCAAGAUGGCGGCAAAAAAGCCAAGAAAAAGGAAAAGAAGAAAAAGAGUAAAAUGGAUAAGUUAAAAGAAGAGAUGAUAGCUGGCGAGCAAGAAAAAGAGGCGAUGGAAAAAAAGAAACAAGAAACUACUAAAGUUGAAGCAACAGCAGCUGUAAAGAAACAAGUAGUUAAAGAAGAAGAAAAUGGUGUAGAAGAUGAUGAAGAAGAAGAAGAGAAUAGAGAUGCUUUAGUGGAACAGAAUAAUGUUGCUGCUGGUGACAAACAAGAAGAAGAAAAGGAUAAGCCUAAACUGAGUAAAAAAGAGCUUAAAAAGUUAAAGAAAAAGAUGGAGUAUACCAAAGCACUGGAGGAAAUGGAAGAAGAUGGUCAGUUUUCUGUUAUCCAGGCUGAAAGUUCAAAAAAAGACCUUUUACUGGACAAUCAACUUGAUAUUAAGAUAGAAAAAUUUGGUAUAUCUGCCCGAGGUAAAGAUUUGUUUGUAAAUGCAGAUUUAUACAUAACACAUGGAAGAAGAUAUGGUCUUGUGGGGCCAAAUGGUCACGGAAAAACGACAUUGUUAAAACAUAUGGCCAGUCGAGCUCUGAGCAUCCCAGCUAAUAUAGAUGUUCUGUACUGUGAACAAGAAGUGACUGCAGAUGAAACAAAAGCCAUAGACGCUGUUCUGAAAGCCGAUAAGAAAAGGACCGCUCUGUUACAGGAAGAGAAAGAUUUGAUGUCAAAGAUAACAGAAGGUGGUAGAGAAAUUACUGACAGGCUGAAAGAUGUUUAUGAAGAGCUACGGGCCAUCAAUGCGGAUGCUGCUGAUCCUAAGGCUAGAAGAAUUUUAGCUGGUUUAGGAUUCACCAAGGAGAUGAUGAACAGGGCAACAAAGGAUUUAUCUGGUGGCUGGAGAAUGAGAGUCUCAUUAGCCAGAGCUUUGUUUAUGGAACCAACACUUCUAAUGUUGGAUGAGCCUACCAAUCACUUGGACCUUAAUGCUGUCAUUUGGCUUGAUAAUUACCUGCAGCAGUGGAAGAAAACAUUGUUGGUAGUUUCCCAUGACCAGAGUUUCUUGGACAAUGUUUGCACAGACAUCAUUCACUUGGACCAACAAAAAUUAUAUUACUACAGAGGAAAUUAUGCAACCUUUAAGAAAAUGUUUGUACAGAAGAGAAAAGAACAGCUGAGGGACUACGAGAAACAAGAGAAAAAAUUAAAAGAUAUGAAAGCAUCUGGCAAGUCAACUAAGCAAGCUGAAACAAAACAAAAAGAAGCAUUGACACGUAAACAAGAGAAGGGUAGGAAAAAGCAAAGCCAGUUUGAGGAUGAAGAGAUGAAAACAGAACUGUUGGCCAGACCGAAGGAGUAUGUGGUCAAGUUUUCUUUCCCUGCACCUGCCCCACUCAACCCUCCCAUCCUUGGUGUCUAUACUGUAACAUUUGGCUAUCAAGGCCAGAACCUUCUCUUUAAAGAUUUGGACUUUGGUAUUGAUAUGUCUUCAAGAGUGGCUAUUGUUGGACCUAAUGGUGUAGGGAAGAGUACAUUCCUUAAACUUUUAACAGGAGAGAUUAUACCAGAAAUCGGAGAAAGAAGAAAGAACCAUAGACUGCGUAUUGGAAAGUAUGACCAACAUUCAGCUGACCAGUUGAACUUGGACGAAUCUCCCACAGAGUAUUUGAUGAGACUGUUUAACCUUCAGUACCAAGAUGCCAGGAAAAAACUUGGCCAGUACGGCCUGGCCUCGCAUGCACAUACGAUAUUGAACCGUGAUCUGUCGGGUGGUCAGAGAGCUCGUGUAGCUUUAGCAGAACUCUCCUGCAGGGCUCCAGACGUUCUGAUCUUGGAUGAACCUACAAACAACCUUGACAUUGAAUCAAUUGAUGCCCUAGCUGAUGCUAUUCGUGAUUUCACUGGAGGUGUGAUUAUAGUCAGCCACGAUGAGAGGCUGAUCCGAGACACAGACUGCCAGCUUUGGGUUGUGGAAAACAAGACAAUCAACGAGAUUGACGGCGACUUUGACGACUACAGGCGUGAGCUGCUGGAGGCUCUGGGAGAAAACAUCGCCAACGCUGCAGCUGCCUCUGCACCAUCAGCAACAUGACCGUAACUCCCUCGUCUCCUCAGAUAUACAUACUUUCAGCAUAACAAUCUGGCAAACGUGUUUAAAAAAAUUCAACAGCGACUAACAAAUGGCUUGAUGACACAUCAGACACAGCACGCCAUAGAUGUUGCUAUAACCAGAUGAUGGAAAAAAAAUGUAUAUGGCUCUGUGUUUACCUCCCUUACCAUUUCCACAGUGAUUUUAAAAUAGAUUAGCUGAUUAAUGAAUGCAUAAUGAGGUCUCAUUGGUUCAAACACAUCUUGAUUAGCGGUGUUGAUAACUAAGCUACAUGUCAAAAUUUUAUUUAAAGAUUUAUACAUCAUCCUUGUCUUCUAAAAUUGUAACCUGUUUCAGAUUAUUUUCUUUAUUUAGUCAUUUUAUUUAUGACGUAAUUUUUUCAUUUGAGUACUGGUCCAUAGAGCUCCUAUUUACUUUAUGACUUCCGUAAUUUAAAUAUUAAAUAUCCUAUUCAAUAUUUUUAUGCUGAUAUUUUUAGAUAAGAUAUGUAACAGAAGUCUUCUAAAUUGGUUUUGGGGAUAUUCAUUUGUUUUUACUAAUUUCUAAAUUUCAAGUUCUUGAUGGUUUUUUUUAAUGUUCAGGGCUAAAACAGCCCCACUGAGAUAGUUAUAUAUAUAUUGUUUGAUCUUGUGACGGGCUGGAAAUAUAUGAGACGUGUAGAAAACUAGUUAAUUCUCGGUGAAUCAAACCAUUCGUGAUGAAUCAAACCAUUCUCUGCGGUUCUAAAAAUGUUUGUGGGAAAGUUUUCCACAUUGAUUUGGGUAUAUGCUAAUACUUUUAAAAAUGUGUGUCUGUUAUGUCUUUAUAUUUGGUUUCAAUCAUGAUUGAGGUAUACAUUUUAAAGUUGUCCUUGUCCUCUAAUGUACAAAAAAAUAAAUGUUAUUUACAUGAAUCAAACAUUUG